AUGGGCGACCCCAGCGCUCUGCUGCAUGAUAUCGAUAUCGAGGUGACGCAAGGACCGUCUGCGUCAUCUCCUCUGCAGCGUGACGCCGCCUCGCCCUCCUCGAAACCGCACUCCGCAGACCUGCAGCUGGGGGACGACGGCCUCCUCAUCGACGGCAAGACGGGCCGCGUGGUCAACGGGCUGGGGGCCACGCGCUUUGACGUGAAGCUGGCGGCGCUGAGGGGCGACCUGGACCCCAAGCCCUGGGAGGAGAACACGGAGAGGGCGCCGGGGGUGCUGCUGGGGUCCCUGGUGACUUUCCCCGCCGACUACACCUUCCAGGUGGUGGGCGCGUCCGCGGGCGGCUGCAGCAGUGGGGAGCAUGCAGAGUUUGUUGACGACAUGGUGGCCACUGUGGCGCGCCUGACGGAGACGCCCCUGCCCCUGGCCGACGGCGCUGUGAAGCGCAAGCAGCGGCUGGGGGGCAAGUACGUGAGCCUGUCCGUCACCGUCAACGUGCGCGCGCCCGAGCUGGUGACGCGCGUGUACGAGGAGCUGGGCAAGGACACACGCGUCAAGAUGAAGUUCUGA